UAGCUCUUGAAAUCAAAGCAAACAUACCCUUUUUUCUCAUAAACAAAAUCUCCCCAUAAAUGGCGUCUUGCUUCGGCCAGUGGUGGCAGGCGCCGGUCUACUCCACAGUCGCAGUACUCCUGGCUUUCCUAGCAAUCUCGGCGGCGAUUCGUUCACUUCCCAGGGACCACGACGACAAUGAUUCUUUCCGAACAAAACCCAACGUCUACACACUCGCUCUCAAUGCCUCUAGAGCCCUGAGAAAAUGUGGGUUCAACAUCUUCGCCACCGUCUUCCAAAUCUCACCCGAAAUCUACCCUUUUACUCGAAACACCACCAUCUUCGCAAUCGAAGACUCAGCCAUUUCCAACACCUCUCUCCCCCCGGCGCUCUUCAAGCACCUCCUCCACUACCACACCUCCCCUGUCAGGCUUUCCAUGGCGGAUCUUUUGAACAAGACCCAAGAAAGUUGUCUCCCUACCUUUCUUGAUCGGAAGAACAUUGCGGUCACUAAGGUCGAUUCGAAGAACAGAUUGGUGGAGAUCAAUCAUAUUCCGGUGACCCACCCCGAUAUAUUGCUUGAAGGACCCCUGUCGAUUCACGGUGUUCUUGGUCCGUUUUCUUCAUUGGAUCCUCCGAGGGAUUUCCUAGGUUGGGAUUACAUCCACUCGCCGAUUUGUGAUUCCAAUUUGAAGUUAAUUUUCGAUGUUAAUGGAACCAAGAACCGUAUUGAAUGGACCCAGAUCAUCCGUCUGCUAAGUUCACAUGGGUUCGUUUCUUUUGCAAUCGGGUUGCACUCUGCUCUUGACGGAAUUCUUGAAGAUGGGAAGAACUUGAGCUCGGUAACCAUCUUUUCUCCUUUGGGUUUUUCUUUUGUGGCGCCUUCUUCACCUUUGCUUGACAGAAUCGUGAGGUUCCAUAUACUGUCCCAGAGGUUUACUUACACUGAACUUGCUGCCUUGCCUGGUAAGGCGUCGUUGAGAACUCUAGUCCCUGAUCAGAAACUCGAGAUUGAUGGUGGUAUCAAUUCAACGAAAGGACUCACCAUUAAUGGAGCAACAAUCAUUGCACCAGAUAUUUUGUCGUCCAAGAGGUUCGUGGUACACGGGAUCUCUCAAGCUUUUGAUGUUGCUGUGUUUCCUGAGUUGUCGAGAUGAGUGUUUCGGAAACACCAGCACUGGCUUUGAGCUAUGAUUGAAUUUUAGCAACAGAUAUGGAAUGUGAAAGACAUUUCAAAGCACUGAAAUUUUUGAAUGAGGAGAUUGUUUAGAGCAUUUCUGAUAUACGUUGCCUGUAGAAUUCUAUCCAUAAAUGGAAAAGAAAUGCAUUGUCUCUGCCAUCAAAAUCUAAAGUUUAACCAAUAUGACAAGACUGCUGUAGCUGAUAUGAAUGUAACAAAGCCAUGCAACCAUA